GACGCGCGCUCGUGAAACUUUCGAGAGUGGGGAAUUCAAGCAUGGCCCUCGCUUUCAGAUUUUCCUCGGCAAAGAAGACGAAGCUGCUCGCUGGGGUUCGACAGAGCUGCUCAUGAACAUUUACAGUUCGCCUCAUGAUUCACAGAUCCGUGAAAGCGCUUUCAAGCAUGAAGCUUUGCUCUUGGCAUUGGUAAAAAUUUUGGAUGGCCUGAAGAGCACACUUCAGAAAUGGCUAAGACGACAGAGAAAUCUACGUCUUAAGCACUUUACACCUCCCGAUGUACCGCUCCCCGACGAGGACAUGGAGGCUGGUUUCUUUCAUAGAGCAGCUUCCGACGCAGGACCCGAUCACUACGAUGAGCCUGUGCUUGCUGUACUGGAUACACCACGAGAGGAAGGAUCCGAUCACUACGAUGAGCCUGUGCCUGCUGUACUGGAUACACCACGAGAUGAAGCAGACAUCAGUAGUCACUACAGUACUAGAUCUUCUACAAGUACGAACAGUUAUUUGCACAACGACAACAACAAGAACUGGGCCGGGUUUCAUGGCAGUGCUGCGAUGCGGGGCCUACCACGAAUCUACGAAGUAAACGCCUUUAGAGACUGGGAUGAGGAAGUACAAGACGAACCGCUUGGUCCCACGCCUACGGAGAAUGAUCCUCUACCCAGACGACCUAAGAACUUAGCCGACUUUGAUACUACGCCUGCUUCGCAUGCAACGCGUGACGGCAUGCAUCGUGAAUGGCUCAAAUGGGUCUCAAAGUUAAGGGCACGACCUACUUUUGUUGUUGACACAGCAUCUUUGUUGUUGACACACCAUCUUCUAGAUCAUUUAGCCUUCUUCUAAGUAAUGAAUUUCUAUCGUAUUUUUGUCUUUAUCCGUAGAGAAUAUGGGUCGUCCCCUACAAGAUGUACUACUUAGUUGUACAACUUACUAUUUCCAAAAGUUGCAUUAUAUGCAUUAAUAGAGGGGCUCUUUUUGUAAGCUGUACCUCGAACAAAAAGUGAGGAACGGAUCGAGCUGGAAGCGGCAUGGCGACGCCGAGAAGGAAUGGUUCUCUCCUUCGUCCGUGGCUUCGAGUACAUAGUGGACAGUUAUCA